UUGCGGGCCUAUUUUAGGGCGAAAGGGGGAGAAAUUGGAGGUUUCGCGUAUCGGGCUAGGAUUCAUCGUCUUUUUACUGAGCUGGAGCCAUCUAUUACUGUCACCGAGCAAAACCUGGCAGACCGAGUUCGGUAUAUCUUACGAUCAAAUAUAUUUGAUGGCGCCGAACUCGAACGGCUACGACGUGAGAUUGUUCCCUCAUCAAAUGAAAACGCUACGACUGGGGGUGCGGUGCCACAAGUUGCAGAACAACCCGCACACGUGGAUGCCGCCGAGAAUACCCCAUUGGUUGCUGAUUCAAAUGAUGAUGGAACAUUCACCCAGGAACUAGAAAUAGAGCAAAUGAGGAGUACAUUGGAAGAGGCGAUUAUGGAAACGCGCAGUACGCCUCUCGAAAAUCGACCGCGACUUUCCCGCAUAGCCCUAAGCAAGCGGAAUCGGGCUGUCGUGAGGGCUCUGAACCCAAUGCUGGUGACCUAUUUGGAAGCCAGCCGGGACCUUUGCGAGACGGACUCAAUUCUCUUUGGCGCCGCACUGACAGUCUGCCGUAUUAUAGGCGCCAAACUUUCCACGGCUGGACGCACUACUGGACAAAGUAGUGCUAUCCCAGCCUGGAGAACAAGAAUUGAAGAACGUAUCGCAAAGGCUAGGGCCCUCAUCGGCAGACUGAUAUGCUUCAGGUCAGGCAAUACCAGGCCAAGGAUUGUGCGCACCGUCAGGAUGGCGUUUGCUGGGACAAAUGUUAGUUUGUCCCAGCCGGAUAUAAUGCAAAAACUGACGGAGCGCAUAGACGACCUGAAGCAGAGAAUCGCUGCUUGGGGAAAGCGAAUUCGGCGAUAUAUCGAGAGGUCGACACGGUUCAACCAGAAUCGUCUCUUCCAGAGUGAUCAGAAGAGGCUCUAUAAAUCAUUGGAGCGUCCAAUGGUAAGUGGAACGGGCCCAGUACCGAAUCAGGCCGACACGGUCGCAUUCUGGCGCAGCCUGUGGUCAGAGCCCGUAAACCACAACGAGGGCCCUUGGACGGAAGUUGUGGCAAGUCAGUGUGCGGGUAUUACGCCCAUGGACCCCGUCACCAUAACGCCGGAUGACGUAGCUGAGGCGGUCCGUAGGGCCCCGAACUGGAAAAGUCCGGGACUCGACGGGCUGCAUCACUACUGGCUGAAGGGGUUCGUGGUGUGUCACACUGUGCUCGCCCGACAGUUUCAAGAGGUUUUCAACCAGAAGUCGCUCCCGAGCCUCUUCACUACUGGGAUCACCCAUUUGGUUCCUAAAGGCCAGGCAGCUUUAACUCGACUGAAACGGUUCAGCUUCAGGUCCAGGAUGUUCAUUCUACUUCUUAGUGUGCUUCCCUUGGCACUAGCUGAGCCGCCGGUCGGAGACAGUUACUUAGAAGUAGCACAAUCCAGUCACGACCACGGCUUGCAUCAACAGUAUCUACCACCGGACCACGCGGCAGCGUUUGCAAGAAGCUCCACAUCUUCCUCCUAUGCCCGCUCUAACCAAUAUCCAACACGAAGUGCAACGCCGUUUACUCAAGAAUAUAGGCCACCUAGUUCAAAGAAUAGUCUAUCCCAAGAAUAUGGACCACCCAACUCACCCAGCAGACUCUCAUUAGAAUAUGGAACACCCGUCUCCAGAAACUCCAUUUCGCAAGGAUAUAACGCACCUUCAGUAAAGUUCUCUCGAGGAUACGACUCCCAAAACUCAGUUUCUGCUUUGUAUGGUGCUCCUACCUCAAGAAAUUCCCCUUCGGAAAUUUACGCCACUCCCUCCCAAAGCUCUUUAUCAUCGCAAUAUGGUGUACCGGAUAUUCGAUCACCUUCCGAAGAAUAUAACGCUCCGUCACGUAGAAGUUCUAAUAGGCAGACAUCAUCCGUUCAGAAAUACGGAGUGCCGAGAUUCCAUAGCAAUCAGUCUCCUUCUAUCUCACAAAACUACGGCACUCCAUCAGCUAGGUCUAAUCAAUUCAGCACAACGGAUGCCUUCAAAUCUUCUUUUGGACCACAAAGCCUUUCCCAAAUCAAAGAUAUACAGAACCCAUCUCGAACUUACGGUGCACCAGCUCGCUCCCUCCCGACCCAAUAUGGUGCGCCCGCAGUAAAGGAUACCGACUCGUACUCUCAAGGAUUUGGUCGCACGUUAUCGACGACUUACGAGGCCCCGGCGAGUGAUCAAUUAAGACAGUAUGGAGCAUCAGAGACGAGGCUUGCAGACCACAAACCGGCAGGUAUAGCGUCAUUACGUUCAUCGGGCAGAUAUCUACCUCAAGAGUAUGAUGCAAAGUCGGCACGCGCUGCCGUGCCCUUGGAGCAGUACGGAACGCCGCAAGACGCUCUCCUUGGACAGGGCUAUGGAUUAUCCAGGAGCGCACUCGAGGAACUGUUAAACCAGGAGCCAGCAAACUACGAGUUCGGCUACAAAGUGAGCGACUACGCGAGCGGGAGCGACUUCGGGCACGCGGAGAAUCGGCAAGAGGACCGCGCCGAGGGCUCGUACUUCGUGGUGCUGCCUGAUGGCACCAAGCAAGUAGUAGAGUACGAAGCGGACGAGCGCGGAUUUAAACCGCGCAUUUCUAUCGAGCCAAACGAAGGACCAUACUGA